UCAACUUCACUGCCUCCUUUUAUUCCUUUCUUUUUCUUAUUGAUUAUGAACUCUCAGGUUUUCUCUGAUCAAAUGAAAGUGAAAGAAAGAGUUCAAUGAUUCUAACAGUCUUGAUUGAGAUGUGAAUGUUUCAAGAUUUUUUCUAAUACUGGAAACGUCUGGAACCGGAAGCUGACAACUUUUCUGCCUGUAUUCUCUUGGUUGCUUUUUUUUGAAAGAAAGGAUAAAUAAUUUUUAAGGCCCACCGAAAGUAUAAAUCAAGAGUUAAACUGGAAUAAAAUUUCAAGUAGGUUUGAUUGAACAGAAUAAGCAGAAUUCUUUUGAAAUGAGGAAGAUUUGUACUGUUCCUGAUUCCCUGCUGUGUUGUCUACAAGCAAUAUAUCCACAACUCACCAUCUUCUAUUUUGGGUUAUGUCAGCAUGUCACCUGUAAAUUCUAGCAUGUCUGAUAGUAUUUUCUAUUGCUAUAUUUAUCUGUUUGGUAUGUUUAUAUUAAACAAUUUUUGUCAAUGUGUCAAGGAAUUCUUGAUCUUCUUAUCUCUACAGCCUACACGUAUAAAAAACCCGAAACAUCAUUUGAGGGUAAAGUUGCGAACUUCACUUGUAUUUUUCCUCAAUUUUACACAGUAGACAUAGCUCUGGGUCAUGCCACUAAUGGGCGGCAUGGCCCAAAGCAGUUCACCUCCUUUCCUUGAACGAAGAAGUUAUUUAAUGCCAAUAUAAGAAGCCAUUCUGAUCGAUUGGUUUGUACCUAACACGGUCCAAUAACGACCAAGGAGCCUCGAGACACCAUGGGUUUUAGCCGGACCAUACCUCGAGUGUGCUAAAGCCCACUGCAACUAUAAACCAUCUAGUGCCAAAUUUGCCAAUUUAAGUUCGGACCAUGUCUCGAGUGUGCUAAAGCCCACUGCAACUAUGAACCUUCUAGUGCCUAAACCUCAACAUCUACGGCAAGUCUCAGAGAUUCAGAGUUUCAGACCAUCAGUGAUCUAAUUUUCGCAGCAUUAUUUCAUCAAGAAACAAGAAAACAAGCAUGAUAAACAAGAAUCAAUUAGCAAUCAAAGGAAUUUCUCUUUUACAAUCACAACUCAGGCGGCUUAUUCACCUUCAAUCACGUCAUUUCUUCUCUCAUGCUCCUUCUCUCACACACCCCUCAAAUGAGGAAGACCCAAAUCGAGGUUCUGAAGGUACGCCGAAGCUUUUUGUGGUUCAGCCACGUGUCCGACCAAAUGCCAAUUUACAGGCCAAGCUUAACGAAGCUCUUAACCUGGCUAAUUCGUUGGAUGAACAAAGAGAUGGCUACUUUUCUACUGAUUUGAGUCUGAAACAAUCGCCCCCGCAUGUUGUUGUUCAGAACCCACUUUCUAGUUCCGGCAAGGGCCGCUCAGAUACGUUCUUUGGACCGGGGACGGUGGAAAACGUUAAGUGCCAUAUACAUGCCAUUGAAUCAGAGCAAGGUGAAAUGGAUGCUGUAUUUGUCAAUUCAAUACUGUCUGCAAUUCAGCAGAGAAAUCUGGAAAGGGCUUGGGAGAAACCUGUUUUAGAUCGUGUCGGCCUUAUCAUAGAGAUUUUUAAUGCCCAUGCAUACACUAAGGAAGCAAAACUUCAGGCUGAGUUAGCAGCUAUAAUGUAUAAGAAGAGUCGGCUUGUUCGAGUACGGGCUUCUGAUGGACGUUACACUUUUGGAACAAAAGGAGAAGCUGAAGUUGUGAGUGCUCGAGGGAGAGGAAGUGGUGGUCGUGGUUUUAUAAGUGGUGCUGGAGAAACCGAGCUUGAGCUUCAACGUCGAAGAAUCUCAGAAAGAAGAAAGCGCCUGCUGGCUGAAAUUGAAGAAGUUCGUAAAACACGUGCUGUGCAGCGUGCUGGUCGGAGAAAGCAAGGUGUUUUAGAUGCUCCAGGGCUUGCCACUGUUGCUGUAGUUGGGUACACUAAUGCUGGGAAGUCAACUUUAGUUAGUGCGCUCUCAGAUAGUGAUCUGUAUAGUGAUGAUAGAUUGUUUGCGACAGUUGACCCAAGAGUCAGAGGUGUUGCUCUUCCGUCUGGGAGGAAGGUCUUGCUUAGUGAUACAGUGGGAUUUAUAUCAGAUUUGCCAGUUCAACUAAUUGAAGCAUUUCAUGCUACCUUGGAAGAAGUUGCUGAAGCAGAUCUGCUUGUGCAUGUUCUGGAUUCCAGUGCAUUGAAUCUUGAGGAGCAACGAGAAGCUGUAUUAGAUGUCUUGCGACAAAUAGGUGUUUCAGGGAAAAAGAUUGAAGACAUGAUUGAGGUUUGGAACAAGAUUGAUUUAGAAAGAGAUAUAGACACAGACACAGACAUAGACACAGACACUGGGGUCGUAAAUUUCAACGAUGACAAUGACUACAGGUUUGUUGAGGAUGAAGAUGAAAUAGCUGAUAAACAACUGCAGGAAGAUAAGGAGGAGAACCAACAAAAUGACGACUUAAGUGGCUGGCUUGGAUCAAGGAAUGGCAAUGAAGAUGAGGACGAUCAACUUUGCUCUUCUAAGAUUUUGACGGGAGUAGUUGAUCAGAAAAUAAAAUCCUUAAAUGAAUCAAGCAUGAAGGAAGAUGGCCCAGACACUCAUUCCGAAUUUAAACACAUUACACAUGUCAAAACUUCAGCAGUAACAGGGGUAGGAUUGCAGGAGCUGCUUGAGCUCAUUGAUGAUAAGCUGGUGCAGAUUGACAAGGAGCAACAUUCAUCACAGAGAGUACUGGAGAAGAGUGGAUUUGACCGUAAGUGGCGGCCUAUUCAAGCUGAGAAGGUGGGCAUUGCCGUGGAAUAAUUAAGUGCUUUGGUUACCUUCAUAAUAGACGACUCGUACGACCAUACAAAUAAUGUGCAUGUUGGUUAUACUCCAUACCUAGUUAAUAGUAAUUAACUGUCAAAGAGGUUAUCAAAAAAUGUCGGUCUUUUAAUUUCGUGUAGAAUUUUGUAUCUUACAAGUAGCCCAACAAUUGUUAGUUCUUGUUAAGAUUUUCAAUCACAUAAAUAAUGUAGUUGGAUGUUAAACUGCUUUUGUUGA